AUGCUCAACAGUGUUUCUACCGACGCCAGUAGCAUGGCGAGCGCCAUCAGUACCGACAAUGACAUACCUAGCAUUCACCAUGGCGUGGGGAAGGCGGUGUACUUGAUGUGGAAUAACCAGUAUGACUGCGCUCUAGAGCUGUUGCGCGCAAAGAAGGACAAGAACCCGCGCUACUCUCUCGAAUGGGCCAACGUCAGCCUUGUCAAGUCCCUGAUGAGCUCGACGAACGAGGAGCGCGAGAAUCUGCUGGACCUCUUCAAAGCAGCGGAUUCCUUGUCGACCUCGACCAAGUACAACAACCCCAUGUUCUCCGACGAGGACGAGGACGAGGACGAGCAAACCGAGGAGGAGGACACGACAAGCAAGCAUAUGAAAGGGGUGAAGAAAAGCAGGAAGAAGGCCUUCAAGGCCCGCAAAAAGGAUGCGGCCAAGUGCGGCGAGUACUUUGACCAGACGUGGAAGCUCGAGUGUGAUGUCAUCUAUGCCGACGCGCUCCUUAUCCGCUCCAUUUGCCAGCUGAUGAUGAACUCCUAUAUCAAGGGGGGCAUCAACCUUCGCAAAGCGUGGGGGUGCUACUAUUCCCUCAUCCAGCAGGUGGAGCAAGACACCGAGAACAGGAUUCCGCAGGAGUUGAAGAUGUGCAUCAAGUACGGUACCGGUACUUUCUACGCCUUUCUGGCACUCGUUCCAGCAAACCUGAUGAAGUUGCUCAGCAUCAUCGGCUUCAUCUCUGACCGUGACCUCGGUGAGCAGUACCUGACCGAAGUCUUUGAGAGCAACACGAUCCGCUCUCCGUUUGCCGCUCUGGUACUCUGCACCUUAUACCUUUUCCUUCCGACAGGCCUCGGCAACGUCGAUGUAACCCUGUCGCGCGCGCGCCGCAUUCUGGAGACGAUGAACGCGCGCUACCCGAACAACACUUACUUCAAUGGCUACGCCAACUUCUACUUCCGCAAAAAGGGCGAGGUGAUGCCGGCGGUGCGCUCCAUCACACUAGCUGCUGAGAAUGCCGAGAAAGCCGGCCUUGUGCCGCUGCUCAUCAAGUACCUCUACGCCGACACUCUCUUCAUGGACCAGCAGUGGUCCGAGGCGCUGGAGCAGUACCGCAAGAUCCUUGAUCACCUGUCAAAUACAAAGGAAAAGUUUGCUUACACCGGGCAAGUCGUGCUCUCCGUGGCAGCGUGCUACGCAAUGCUGAAUGACGACCAGGAAGCCAUGCUCUGGUUUAAGAAGGUCGACUCCAUGUACAACCCCAAGUCCAAAAAUGAUUCCAACUCGCCGCGGUUCGCGAACCGCGUCAUGGCGAACCCACGGUUGCUGCCACUCUCAGGUGUGUACAUGCUCUACAUCAACCGUGACCUGGCGCACAUGAACCAGGCGCAGGGCGUCCGCGUCCUAGCCGAGCUAAAACGCGUGACGAAGGGCAAGGAUUUGAGCGGACCGGAAGCGGAGAACAUGUACAACCUCUUUGCUGGUGUCAUUGAAAAGGGCAGCGACAACAUCGAUGCUGCAUUUGCCUACAUGAACAGCAUUUUGGACAACGAAAAGAAGAUCCCGCAGGAUUCGAUGAUCUUGCCCUUCGCGUACUACGAGACAGGGGAAAUGGAGUACCGCCGUGGUAACAUGCAGAAGGCAAAGGAGCUGUUUGAGAAGGGGAGCAAGAUAAAGGGCGACGGCAACGAAACGCUCUCUAACCGGUACAACAUCGCCAUGAAGCAGCUGCGACGUGCAAUGGUGGAGCGCGACGCGCAGUAG